AUGCACGCCUCAUUCAAAGCCUUUACUCUCCUCGCCGCCGUCGCUUCGGCGUCCGCAACGAGCUUCAAGCUCAAGGCCCACGUCACGGCCAACGACCUCUCGCCGUCCAUCGAGGGCCAGGAGGUCGCCGUCGACGCCGCGUCCGGCAACGCCUUCCUCGUCACCGCCGGUGACGGCGCAACGUUCUCGGACUCGAACAACAGCAUCGACACCGACACCACGGGCUCCACCACGCAUAUCCACAUCACGCCCGGCGGUACGGCGACUGUGCCCAGCACGAACGUCGUCACGUUCACUUCGGACGUUGGCACCCAGGGCGUCGCCGUAGCGAACGGCCAGCUCGCGUACGAGGGCGGUGUCUUCACCGUGUGCCCCGGCAGCGUUCUUCAGCAGGACACGGACGAGAACCUCGUGAGCUUCAAGUCUGCGGGCCAGCGCACGCUGUUCGGCUGUGCGGACGUCCAGCUCCAGGAGGCGUAG